AAGACUGUUGACUGCUUCCAGUUCCGGGUUGAAGGUCUCCAACGUGGUGCUCGUGUGGGGAAUAUUGUCGUGUGAUAGGAGCUCGCUGUAAUGAAUUCAAGAAAACUCGCAAAAUAAGAACAAAAAAGCAAUUAAACUGAAUGAUGGGGGAAUUUAAGGUUCACCGGGUGCGUUUCUUCGACUACAUGCCCUCAGGGAUUCGCUGCAUGGCCUUCAACAGAAAGGCUGACCGGCUGGCCCUUGCACGACUAAAUGGAUCAGUGGAGAUUUUCAACUUCUCCAACAACUACUUCCAGGAAAAGGUGAUCCCUGGAAGUGACUCCAGGUCUAUUGAAGCGAUUUGCUGGGUUGGCUGUGAUCGUCUCUUCACAGCUGGUUUGAAUAGAGAGGUUGUGGAGUAUGAUCUAGAGCGACUCUGCCCAAAAUACACCCUGGAUGCUUUCGGAGGACCCAUCUGGACAGCAGCUUGCAACUCUGCAGAGACUCAUUUUGCGUUUGGGUGUGAAGAUGGGUCUGUGAAGCUGUUUGAAAUUUUACCUGAUAAAAUCCAGUUUGAGAGAAACCUGGAUCGACAGAAAGGACGCAUCCUCUCCCUCUCGUGGCACAAGUCCGGUACGCUAAUCGCUGCAGGUUCACUAGAUGUGAUUCGAGUGUUUGAUGUAAAAUCAGGUCACUCUGUUCAGAGGAUACUGGUGGAUAGGGGGCCAGCAGGGACGCGCAAUAAGGACUGUGUGGUGUGGAAUGUUGCCUUCCUGUCGGAUUACACCAUAGUGAGCGGAGAUUCUGCUGGGAAGGUCCAGCUCUGGGAUGCAAACAAAGGAACAUUAAUAAAAACCCACCUGGUGUCGAAAUGGGAUGUGCUUUCACUAUCCGUAUCGGAGAAUGAGGACAGCAUUGUAGCUGGAACAUCAGAAGGUACAGUGAUUCAGUUCCAGCUGCUCUCUCCAACGAUCGGAGACGCGGAGACCCAGUGGAUCAGAACCAGGACGUUCAAACACCACACCCAUGAUGUGAGGGCCGUAACAGAGACAAAGACAUCUGUGGUGUCUGGAGGUCUGGACACACAGCUUGUGAUUUGUCCUCUGAUGGAUAAAGUGGAAGUCAAGUCUAGUGAAUCUGUACUUCGGAAAGUGAUCUUCCCACAUCGGAGUCUUGUUUCCUGUGCAAAGAAGCCCAGCCUCCUCCUCUUUCAGUUCCCUGACCAGCUCGAGCUAUGGAGACUGGGGGGCACAGACACCGUAGGAAAACCAGGAGAAAGCUUACCAGUUACAAGAAAACCAGAGAAACUUCUUCAGCUUAAGAGAAAGGGUGACGAUCACAUUUGCUGCAGCACUAUAUCAGAAUGUGGGCACUGGAUUGCCUAUUCCACAGUGUCCAGCAUCCGAUUGUAUCAAAUCCAGUGUGACAAUAACAACAUCAGUAUUAGCAAGGUCUCGAAGCUCCCAAAAGUUUUGAGGUCCGCUCACCAGCUUCAGUUCUCAGCCGAUUCCUCGAAGCUCUUUGUUGCUUCUGAACAGGCGACCAUCCACGUAAUCAGCCUCUCCCGGUCGGAGUGCAAACAUGUGCACACAUUCAAACCAAAGUCAGGAUCCUCUGCGCCUGUUCAUUUGCUGGCUGCAAGUGCAGAUGGGCAGUGGCUGACAUCAGCAAAUCGGCAUUGUGAGAUCAAUGUGUAUAACUUGAAAAAGCUGAAGCAUCACUGCAUGGUGCCAGUGUAUAACUCUCUCCCCAGUGCAAUGGCAAUACACCCAGAAACCAACAAUCUGCUCAUGGCCCAUGCAGAUCAACAGGUCUUUGAGUUCAGUAUAGUGGACAAGCAGUACACAGACUGGAGCAGGAAGCUGCAGAAGGAGGGGUUGCACAGGUGCCGGAGUAAGUGGCAUACGCCCAUUACUCACAUCACCUUUAACCCCAGCGCACCGUCACAGGUUAUGCUCCAUGACACGCACAUGUUCUGCAUCAUUGACCAAAGCCUGCCUCUGGUAGACUUAAAGGCACAGUUCUAUAGCCGGCUGACCCCGAAAGAUAUGUCGGAAACUGACAGGCCAAGCAAGAAUAAUGCCUUCAAAAUGUGCAAGAAAUAUCAACCUCUCCUCCAUGUAAACCUGCUUGAAGAUGACUGGCUGGUAGUGGUAGAGCGCCCCCUAAUAGACAUCCACUCCCAGCUGCCAGCCCCAGUAAGACAGAAGAAAUUCGGAACAUAAAGUGAACUCUCUGGACUCCCUGUUACCUGCUCAGUACCCCAAGGAUUUGUGAACUCGAUUGUGUGUCAAAAAUAAAAAAAAUGCAUAAUUACCUCAA